AUGAUCCAAUUAUAAAUCCAUUAUAAGGCUGAAUUUGGAUAGGCCCUAUAUAUUUCAGGUAAAUCAAGAUUUUUAGGACAAUGGAAUCCUGAGCAGGCGAUUAGAAUGAUUUGGACCUAGGUAUAAUUUAGCUUUAUGUUUAGCAUGAUAUUUGGAUAGCUGAGGUAGCUUAUCAUGAACUUGAAUACAAAUAUUUCAUUUCUCAUUAUGAUAAAGUUCAAAAAGUAUUUUGGGAAUCAGGGCCUAACAGAGUAACAAAUAAACAUUCAUUCGAUGUAUGGAACCAUAGAAAAAUAUGCUUUCAAUGUGCAAAUCCAUAGAACUUCCAAAUAUACAUUGCUGGAUCAUAAUUUACGAUGGGUCAAUUUUAAAGAAGAAUUCAAAUGAAAAAUAGGGAUGGAGUAUCGUAGAAGAAAUUUCUCAUCAAUAUUGAGGACCCUUAAAUUCAAUAUCAAUAUCAUAUUUUAACAAAAAGUGAGUUUUCCAGUCCAGUUUAUUAAGUUAACCUAAAUUGUUCAUGUAAACAUUGUUAAUAACAAAUUUUAGAAUAAUAUUAUAAAGAUGCGCUGCUCGUUUUCUCAGAUGGACUUACAAAACUAAAACAAAUGAUAUUUUAGCUGAAUAAAAAUAUUUGUUAUGGAUAUGUACCUAAUGAAUAAGAAGAUUAUUAAGCUCUUAAAAAAGUUAACUUGAAGACUAUUAUAGAGUUUUGUAAUAUGAAAGAAUCAAGUCUACUUGAACAAGAAAAAAAAUAUGAAGAUAUUGUACACUUAGUAGUAAAUCUCUAUCAUUUUAAACAGGAAAACUUAGCACAAAGGUUACUCUAACUGAUUCAAGUUUUAAUUAAAAAAUAUUAAGUAAUAAUUAUGAAUAAUAAUUUUAGUUACUUUUUGUGUGCAAUAACUCUCUAAUUCAUUUGAGAAAAUAUUUGUCAGCUUAUGAAAAGUUCUCUAUUCUUCAAUAAAGAUGA